AUGAUGACUGGCGCAGCCAUCUACGAAGCAAGUCGGAUCGCUGCCACCAAAGCCAAAAGGGCUGCUAGUAAAUCACAAGUGUCUCGCCCCCUCAAUGCAAUCCUCCGCAUCCAACGUGCCCGCGCUGCCAACGCGCAUUCCGGGAACGAAUCGGUCGCGUUGGACACCCUCGGACACAAUGCGCCAUCAACCCGACAACGUUUAUCUGUUCUCCCACUCUCGCCCCUCCCACAAACCCUGCGCCGACUGCCACCCCCAUCACAGCCGACCACACCGUCGCUGCCGCGCCGCCACCAUCCACCGACACCAUCCGCCCUCCCCCAACCCCUGCAUCGACCGCAGCGGCCAGCAUAA